UGUUGACCGGUUUCGGCAUUUCCCAUUCCCUUGUCUGCUUUGAUAUCUACUGAUCUAAUGUAUUCCUCUUCCCGGUCGCAAGACGACCUGACACCACCCGCACCCCCGCCUUCACCCUGUCAUGAGAACUUUAGACGUCAACCAAGGAACGACUAUUUUGCUGGCAUUGCCAUUCAGCUGGUUUUCAAUGGGAAGAGGGCGAAAAAAUUCACUGUGGACCCCCCUGAGGGUGGCCAGGAGCUGUCUGACAGCGACGGCUCGUCUAUCGGAGCCUCAUCUAUCUUUAGCGACCACUCGUCCAAUGACGACAAUAGUUCUAUUGGCACGGAGGCCUGUAAGGAAGAUUCUGCAGAUAUCAAGAGGAUCAAUUUUCGUGGUGUGAUUCCUGGCGGUGAAGUGCCCUCCGGCGAUGAACACUCGUGGCAACCUCCACCCAUGAUUCAGCGAGUGGCUGAGGAGCUUGUUGACGCUUCAUACAUCCUUGUACGACUCUCAAUUGACCUUGAUGAUGCGAUCUUGAGAACGAUCCUUCAGGUGCCUAGUAUCACCCCCCUGAACGAUGGGUCACGGGAAAUUCUUGUCCAGAACGCCUACCUCCCGACUCUGCAGACUAGACUGCAUGAGAUGCACAUUCAGUUUACUUUGGACUUAGAGUAUAACCCACUCACACCUCUUCAAGAGGACGUGGAGUACUGGGGGCUUGAGAACGCCCGGGAACUUUACGCGCUUUGGUUAUGGAAAGGGCCAUUAGGAUUAUCCGGGAAGCCUGGGCUAUUACAGAAAUGUACUACCGUCAACUCGUGAAGCAUUACAAUCGAGGCAUCCAGACUCUUCUGAGGAUGCGUGCUAGAGGCGAGGCGAGGCGAGGCGAG